CGGAGAGUAAACCUCCAGCGCCUUUCUCUCUCCAAUCUCACAAACGAUUCAUUCGGCCGUCACAUUCGAUCCAUUUCCUCCUUUUGAAUUAAUCUGAAUUACUUUGUGUAGUAACAAUAAUACUUUAUUUUUUUGGGGUUACAGUUUGCACAUUCCUUCCGUUUCUCUAAUGGGGAAGAAGAAAGAGAGGUCGAAGAUUAAGGUAGUGGGGAAGCAAAAGCAUUCUCUUGAUGUGAACAGAAACGGCGGCCGCAGCUCCGCCACCGAGCGGCGGCUCAAGAUGUAUGUUACCAGGCCAAAGCGCGACGCCAAGGGCAAAGUUUUAUUUAACGAUUUGCAGUCCAAAGUGUUGCCAUCAACCAGAAUCAGACCUGAUCGCGGAUUGUUCAUUAACACUAAGGUUAUAAACCCUAAAAAGCUCGAAAUCUUCCGGGAGGAGUUGACGAGUCAUAUUUCAAGCAAUUACAAUGUUCUUUUGAAGGAAAGGAAGCUUCCAUGGUCACUCUUAAACGAUCACCAAAAGCAAGCCAGAGUUCAUCUCUUGGAAACCGAGUCCUUUGCGGAUGCUUUUGGACCAAAGGGAAAGAGGAAGCGUCCAAAGCUUCAGGUUUCGGAUUACGAAUCACUAGUGAAGAGAUCAGCUGAGGGCAGUAAUUCUUUUGAAGAAGAAGAAGGAAAUGAAAACGAUGAUGGAUUCCGAGAUUUGGUACGGCACACAAUGUUUGAGAAAGGUCAAAGUAAAAGGAUAUGGGGUGAGCUUUAUAAAGUAAUAGAUUCUUCAGAUGUUGUUAUUCAGGUUUUGGAUGCUAGGGAUCCAAUGGGAACGAGAUGUUAUCAUGUGGAGAAGCACUUGAAAGAGAAUUGUAAGCAUAAGUAUAUGGUUAUUUUGCUAAACAAAUGUGAUUUGGUUCCUGCUUGGGUAACAAAAGGUUGGCUUAGGGUUUUAUCGAAAGAGUAUCCGUCUUUGGCUUUCCAUGCUAGUAUCAAUAAGUCCUUUGGAAAGGUUUCUCUGUUGACAGUUUUGAGACAGUUUUCGCGUUUGAAGAGUGACAAGAAGGCCAUAUCUGUUGGGUUCGUUGGUUACCCUAAUGUCGGGAAGUCCACGGUUAUCAACACUCUUCGUACUAAGAAUGUUUGCAAGGUUGCGCCAAUUCCUGGUGAGACUAAAGUGUGGCAGUAUAUCACGCUCACAAAGAGGAUCUUCUUGAUUGAUUGCCCCGGAGUUGUGUAUCAGAAUAACAAUGAUUCGGAAACUGAUAUCGUACUGAAAGGUGUGGUCCGGGUGACGAAUUUGGAAGAUGCUGCGGAGCACAUUGGUGAAGUUUUGAAACGUGUGAAGAAAGAGCACCUUCAGAGAGCAUAUAAGAUAACGGAUUGGGAAGAUGAUCAUGAUUUUCUUGUUCAGCUGUGCAAGGCAACCGGGAAGCUCUUGAGAGGAGGUGAACCCGAUUUGAUGACGGCUGCUAAGAUGGUUCUUCAUGAUUGGCAAAGAGGUAAGAUACCAUUCUUUGUCCCGCCUCCGAAGGAAUCACCUGAAGAUCCUGUUGAUGACGCUAAUGCUGAAAAUGGUAAACCCGCUGAUGAUGAUGCUACAGAUGCUAUUUCCUCGCAGUAGUUGAAGAUGUUCCACUUAUAAGAGGUCCUCUUUUUUGCUGAGAAUGAGUAGCUGGUUGAUGAUGCUGAGCAACUGAGUUAAAGUUUAGGUAUCUUUGAACUUUUUAUGCAUGAG